ACCCUGUGUAUAGAUUGUACGAGAAUAGGGUGCCGACGAAAUACGAACAGUCGCGCGCGAGCCGCUGUCACAGUGAGAUCCGUUUUAUUCCGUCUUGGUGAGUUUGAACAUAUCGCACGAAGUUUUGUUAUUUAAAAAGUUUUAUACGUAUUUUUUUUUUUUUUUUCUAAUUGUUAUAUAAAAAAUAGUAAAAUAUAUAUUUUGAGUUGUUGAAUUUUUUUUUUUAAACUAAAAAAAUAAUAAUAAAUAGACAAUAGUAAUAAAAAUUGUGAGAUAAAAAUACAAGAAAAAUAAAGAAACGAAUCAAUGCAUGUUUUCGUUGAUGGCUCAUGUUUUUCUGGAAUAAAAAAAAGACAGAUUUUCAUUUGGAAAAUUGUUUUAGUGAACACACGUUAACCUGACUGACGUUAAUGUAGAUGUGCGGCGCUUUGACACCCUUUGAAAGGGGGUUGUAGCGCUGCACUGCGUCAAAAUUUUGACGUGUGCUUGCAAGCGCAAAGACCGCCAAGGGUGAGCGUUUUCGAGAUGAGCUAUGAAGUGUGCCCUAGGCUGUUUCCUAGCCAUCAUCAUUGUACAAUUGGCCCAGAAAAAUAUUUAUACUACAGCACUACCACCCAUCGUCAAGAUUGGUGCCAUAUUCACUCAUGACCAAAAGGAUAGCAGCACAGAGCUGGCCUUCAAAUACGCAGUUUAUAAAAUCAACAAAGAGAAGGUCAUAUUACCAAAAACAAAUCUUGUUUACGAUAUACAAUAUGUGCCCAGAGAUGAUUCAUUUCAUGCAUCAAAAAAAGCCUGUCAACAGGUUAAAUUUGGUGUUCAAGCAGUUUUUGGACCAUCUGAUUCAAUUCUUGGUCAGCACAUUCACAGUAUAUGCGACGCACUGGAUAUUCCACAUCUUGAAGUCAGGCUGGAUCUUGACAUUGAGGCUAAAGAAUUCAGUAUCAAUCUGCAUCCCGCACAAGCUUUGCUCAAUGCUGCCUAUCAAGACGUUAUGAAUUUUCUUAAUUGGACAAAAGUUGCAAUUAUUUAUGAAGAUGAUUAUGGAUUCAUCAAGUUACGAGAUUUAGUGAGAUCAAAUCAAGCCAUCGAUGUGGUUCUUAGACAGGCAGAUCCAGAUAGUUACAGGCAGGUCCUAACUGAUAUUAAAAGCAAAGAAAUAUGUAAUCUAAUUGUCGACACUAAACCAGAAAAUAUGCAUCAUUUUUUACGCAUGAUACUACAAUUGCAAAUGAAUGACUACAAAUAUCACUACCUCUUCACAACUUUUGAUAUUGAAACAUUCGAUCUCGAGGAUUUCAAGUACAAUUUUGUCAAUAUCACCGCUUUUCGUCUAGUCGAUGCAGACGACGUUGGUGUCAGGGGAAUACUUCGUGACAUGGAACGUUUUCAGCCAGCUGGUAAUACAAUUCUCAAUAAAUCACGUGUCAUUCAGGCUGAACCAGCUUUGAUCUAUGACAGUGUCCAGGUAUUUGCUGUUGGUCUUAGAACCCUGGAACAAUCACAUGCCCUUCGUCCAGCAAAUGUAUCAUGUGAACUUGAGCAUCCCUGGGACGGUGGUCUUAGUCUCAUCAACUACAUAAAUUCGGUGGAAAUGAAAGGACUAUCUGGUCCAAUUGAAUUUAAAGAAGGCCGUAGAAUACAAUUUAAAUUAGAUUUAUUAAAAUUAAAACAACACUCACUCGUAAAGGUCGGAGAAUGGAGUCCUAGUUUGGGUGUUAAUGUAACAGAUACAGCAGCAUUUUUUGAGCCUGGAAUUGUCAAUGUCACAUUGAUCGUCGUAACAAUACCAGAGCAGCCAUAUGUUAUGCUGAGAAACACUGGUAAUUUUAGUGGUAAUGAAAGGUACGAGGGAUUUUGCAUCGAUUUGCUAAGAGAAAUUGCACAAAUGGUAGGAUUCACAUACAGAAUUGAACUUGUGCCUGAUGGCAAAUAUGGCGUUUACAAUUACGAAACAAAAGAAUGGAAUGGAAUUGUACGUGAACUAAUGGAAAAGAAAGCAGACCUGGCAGUUGGAUCGAUGACAAUAAAUUACGCUCGGGAAAGUGUCAUUGACUUUACGAAGCCAUUCAUGAACCUGGGGAUCUCCAUACUCUUCAAGGUACCUACGAGUCAUCCAGCACGAUUAUUUUCAUUCAUGAAUCCACUGGCUGUUGAAAUUUGGCUAUAUGCAUUGGCAGCAUAUGUCUUGGUCUCCGUGACAAUGUUUGUCGUUGCUAGAUUCAGUCCUUAUGAAUGGAACAAUCCACAUCCAUGUCACACUGGAGCUGAAGAUAUUGUCGAGAAUCAAUUUUCCAUGUCAAAUAGUUUUUGGUUUACCAUUGGAACGCUGAUGCAGCAAGGCAGUGAUCUCAAUCCAAAGGCUGCAAGUACAAGAAUUGUCAGUGGAAUAUGGUGGUUUUUUACAUUAAUUAUAAUAUCAUCAUAUACUGCAAAUUUAGCAGCGUUUUUAACAGUCGAAAGAAUGAUAACACCAAUUGAAAAUGCUGAAGAUCUUGCUGGACAAACAGACAUAUUUUAUGGAACUCUUGACAGUGGCAGUACUAUGACAUUUUUUCGUGACUCAAUGAUUGAAACAUAUAAAAAAAUGUGGCGUUUUAUGGAAAAUAAAAAACCAUCAGUAUUUGUGCCAACAUAUGAAGAAGGCAUACAACGUGUACUGCAGGGUAAUUAUGCAUUUCUCAUGGAAUCAACAAUGCUUGAUUAUUCUGUACAACGUGAUUGCAAUCUCACCCAAAUUGGUGGACUUCUUGAUACUAAGGGUUAUGGUAUAGCAACACCAAUGGGAUCACCAUGGAGAGAUAAAAUUUCACUGGCAAUACUAGAAUUACAAGAGAAAGGUGAAAUACAAAUGUUGUAUAAUAAAUGGUGGAAGUUACCGAGUGAUAUAUGCAAAAGAAAAGAAAAAGGAAAAGAAAAUAAAGCAAAUGCUUUGGGUGUUUCUAGUAUUGGUGGAGUAUUUGUGGUUCUUCUUUGUGGACUGGCAUUUGCUGUGCUUGUUGCAAUAUGUGAAUUUUGCUAUAAUUCAAGAAAAUCUUCAGUCAACGAACGGGAAAUUCCAUCAGUACCAACUCUACCAACUUGUUCUGGAUCACUGCAAACAAUAUCGCAGAUUGGACAACAUAAUCAGCAUCAACAUAAUCAAGAAUCAUUGUGCACGGAAAUGGCACGUGAAUUAUGUCGUACACUUAGUUGUCGUCCAUCAUCUAGAAAACGUAAAGGAUGUGAAAAAUGCUCGACACAUGUAGUUGGUUAUACACUGGAUAAUCCUUCUGUAACACCAAUAAAUGGGAUAAGAUCACAGCGAAACAGUUUGGGAGCUGAUAUACCGGCUCACAUUCACAUGCAUCAUCAUGUUCCUCAUGAUUACGAAGGAAACUGAAUAAUUAUAUAUAAAAAUAAAUCAUAAUUGUUCUAUCAUUUAUGAGAAAGUAAAAAAGAAAAAAAAAAUAUUAUUAAUAUUGCCAAU